CUUCUCUUAAGAUGAAGUGAACAAACUUCACAUUGACUUGAAAAUGCAGAUGACUAAUUUAUAGCAAUGUUUUUAUAUCCUUGAGUUAAUGUUUACCUGGAGGUGCCUGUGCUUUAAGUCUCCUACAGAAGGAUAUAAGUAUAGAACUGUGGGAACAGGAGUCCAGAGCACAGUAUUGCAGAGCCUUUCACAUAUGUAACACCAAAAGUUUUUUUUUAUUGUUUGAUCUCACAGAGCUUCACUGGGAAGUACAAGGUAACGCUGAUCUGUAUUGUUCAGUAGCAAAUCACACAAGAAUUCUGGACUGCAAGACAAGAGCAACUAAAAGCAAUCAGUGAAUGAAAGGAAGAUUUGAAGAAAAGAAAAAUGAAUAAGACAAAUGUUACAAUCAACCCAAUAUGUAGAACCAGAGAAGCUCCCUACUCAUAUCAAAUCAUACAAAAUCUGGACAUCACUGGAAUACUGCUGUUUGCUAUUUUAACACUAAUGACAGUAAUUUCAGUUCUAGUGUUUAUAGAAGAAACUUGUUAUAUGUACAAAAAAAUACCCGCUUCUAAAAAGACUAUUAUUAUUUGGAUAAAUUCAUGUGCUCCGAUAAUUGCAACAUCAUCAUGCUUUGGAAUGUGGAUUCCUCGCGCUACAAUGUUUACAGACUUAACUAGUGUAGUGUGUCUUGCAGUUGUUAUGCACAAGUUCCAACUGAUGCUGGUUAAUGAAUGUGGGGGGAGCCAAGCCUUCCUUGAAAAAUUUAAAGAUACUAAGCUAAAGAUCAGCACAGGACCUUUCUGCUGCUGUUGCCUGUGUUUACCAUAUAAAGAUAUCAAUAGGCAAACUUUAUUUGUAUUGAAGUUGGGGACCUUUCAAUUAGCUUUCCUUAGACCGCUAUCUAUGUUUCUGGCUAUUGUGCUGUGGGCAAAUGGAACCUUUGUCAUAGGCAAUUCAUCACCAAGUAAAGCAACAAUCUGGAUUAGUGUAUCAGUGGGAGUCAUCACAAUAACUGCUCUUUGGGCACUUGGAAUUAUGUUCAAUCUUGUUAGACCUCACCUGACUUUCACAAACAUUAUUCCAAAAUAUGCAGCUUUUGAGUUUAUUGUUAUUCUGAGCCAACUGCAAACAUCUAUCAUCACUAUUCUUGGUACUACUGGUGUCAUUUCAUGUGUUCCACCUCUGCCUGGUCCAUCUCGAGCUUCAUACAUGAACCAGCAGCUCCUCAUAAUGGAAAUGUUCCUCAUAACAGUUAUCUGCAGAACAUUAUACCGGAGAAAGUAUGAUGAAGUGGAUCUUGAAAUGACUGACCAGGAAACUAAGGACAAUAUGCAAAACAGUACCCUGCAUCUCAACGGCAAAGCUAUGGAAGAUGGACCUAAUAAUGUGUAGAAACUGACUGGAAUCUCCACAUUUUCUGUGGAAGUUCAAUAUGAACAUUUGUGAAUAUAAAUAUGUUCAUCUGAUCCUUUUUUUAAACUUUUAUUGCUCUAAUGAUAUAUACAUAUACUUUUAAAUUAUGUCUCAUUGCUCAAGCAAUAUGUUCUUUUUAUGAGAAUAUAGGCAGUCCUUGAAAUAUCAUCUUUACUAUAUAUUUAUAUUCAUGGUAUUGGCAUUAUGACCAGGAAUUAACAAUGCUAUGUGUUAUAUAGGAAUCUAAAGUUUAGUAUCUGUUUGCCUUAGAAUCCCAGAAUGUGUAGCCUAUUCGUUCAAAAAAUGAUGUAAUUUCUAAAAGAGAAUAGAUCUAUACAACUAACACCCCCUUAUACUAUCACGGGGCAUUUAAGAUAUUUUGAUAUAACAUACAGUAUAUCAGCAAUUAAGCACUGCAUUGAAAAAUAUCUGCAUACAAAAGAAAUGCUUUGAAAGCAUUUAAUGGAACGUUACAUUUAUUUUAUAUAACCAUCAGAAAUGAAUAACUGUAUACAUAAUAAAGGUUUUACCAGCAUUUAAAACUA